UUUCACUAAAUAUCUGUUCGUGACAUCGAAUACACAAUUGUUAGGCAUCUCUGAAAUUAUCAGGUAAGUGAAAACCAAAAUGGUGUCACAGACAGUUGAACUCCUAAAGAAGGAGAUUCCUCUGGAGCAGGAGUCGGUAGUUUUAGCUGAAGAUACAGUAAAUGGUCUUGUUCUUGUGGACAUCAUAAAUGGCUUCUGCACAGUUGGUGCUGGAAAUCUGGCUCCAAGAGAACCCAAUAGACAGAUUCGGGAAAUGAUCAAUGAAUCAGCAAGGCUAGCUAGAGUAUUCUGUGAGAAGAAAUUGCCAGUUAUGGCUUUCUUGGAUUCUCACCAUCCUAACAAGCCAGAGGAUCCUUAUCCCACUCACUGUAUUAUUGGCUCUGAUGAAUCAAAUCUGGUUCCUGAGUUAAGAUGGCUGGAGAAUGAAGCAAAUGUAACAAUAAGGCGAAAGGAUUGUUUUGACGGAUAUGUGGGCUCAAUAGAAGAAGAUGGUACUAACGUUUUUGUAGAUUGGGUGAAAAAGAAUAAGAUAACAACACUGGUGGUUGUAGGUGUGUGCACAGAUAUCUGUGUUCUAGAUUUUGUAUGUUCCACAAUGUCGGCAAAAAAUCGUGGUUUUCUGAAUCCUUUAGAAAACGUGGUGGUGUAUUCACGUGGCUGUGCUACCUUUGAUAUCCCUCUGGAAGUAGCCACAGAUACCAAAAGAGCUUUGGCACAUCCACAGGAGUUUAUGCAUCACGUAGGGCUCUAUAUGGCCAAAGAAAGGGGAGCCAAAAUAGCAAGGGAAGUGUUAAUUGGUGCACCUGAGAAGGUUUAAUAUAUAAACGUGAUUUGUAAUAUUUUUCAGGUUAUGUUUGGAGUUUGGAACGUACUACUUAUGAAUAAGUUCUCUGUAUAAGGUAUCUAAAGAUACAUAU